AUGGCCACCAUGCAGUGUUACUUCCGUUCCGGAGCUCAUGAUCAAUUUGCUGGUAUAAAUGCCCACAACUAUGGCUCCUCCCAUUCAAAUCAAAGAAUAGAAAAUUGGUGGUCUUUUCUACGUCGCAACAGAUCAUCAUGGUGGAUAAAUUUUUUCAAAGACCAGGUCGAAAUUGGUAAUAUUGACACAUCGAAUGAAUUACAAAUGGAAUGUCUGUGGUAUUGUUUUUCUGAUCUACUCCAACAUGAUUUUGACGAAGUGAAGGACCACUGGAAUAGUCACUAUGUGAGAAGAUCGAGAUUUGACACCGUAGCAUGCCGCCCCGAUGAGCUAUAUCAUCUUCCUGUCAAUCAUGGCGGUAGUGAAUUCUUACAAAAUGUUUCGAUUGAGCAGAUAAAUGACAUGCAGGAAUUUUGCGAGGAGCCAGAAAGCAACAUGUAUCAGGAAUACUUUGAAUAUGCAAGAUCGCAAACGGACUUCAUUAAACCAUCAAAUUGGGAAAAAGCAUUGCAGCUUUACACACAUCUAGUCACUGUGGCAAACAAUGGAGUUGAUGUUUGA